UGGUUCGCCAUGCCGCUUCACUCUCCCCAGUCUUUCUGAUCAGCUGCUACGCUACACACUGGAAGCAACAAUGAAGAGUUUUCUCCAUUCUCUCUAUAAACCUCCCUUUGCCUGUCCUUGUUAAACUUCCACCAUGGUGCGUAACGUGGAUGACCUGGACUUCUGCCUCUCCUCUCAUCCUCAGAGCAUUCUGGAGGGCCUUCGCUCCCUCUGCUCUCACCCCAAACUCAUCGACGUCACCCUGGUCGCGGGUGGCCGGGACUUUCCCUGCCACCGGGGGGUCCUGGCUCUGUGCAGUACCUACUUUCGCUGCAUGUUUUCAGGGGAUUUUGUUGAAAGCAUUGCCGCCCGAGUGGAGCUCCAUGAUGUAGACCCUGACAUCCUUGGUCAUCUUCUUGAUUUUGCCUAUUCUGGGAAACUCACCAUUAACCAAAGCAAUGUCGAAGGGUUAAUUUGUACAUCCAGCCAGUUGCAAUUUCAAACAGUGAGGGCAGUUUGUAGCAGAUACUUACAACACCAAAUCGAUGCCACUAAUUGUCUGGGUAUUUUAGAGUUUGGUGAGAUCCACGGUUGUCCCGAAGUAGUAGCCAAAGCAUGGGCAUUUCUGUUGGAGAAUUUUGAAGCAGUGCAACACGGUGAAGAGUUCCUCACAAUAGUGAAAGAUAAGCUAACUAAAUGCUUGUCAAAUGACGGACUGCAAAUUCGGGCAGAGCGCACCCGCGUGGAGGCCAUCUUGAAAUGGGUUGGAUAUUGCAGAGAGUCUAGGCUUUGUCAUCUUCAUGAACUGCUAUCCCUGUGCAGGCUCUCUCUACUUAGUGUGGACUAUCUCAAUGACAAGCUGCUGAAGGACAGUUUGGUACAGGCCUCUACCAUCUGCCGAGAAGCUGUGGAAAGUAUUCUCAGAGAGAAAAUGAGUCUGGCUCCUGAGUUUCUGGACAGGGCCAGUUCUCACAGUCCUCACCAGAACCUUCAGGAGGUGCUUUUUGUGAUGGGAGGCCGCGCGCUGGACGACUCAGAUGAUGAAGAAGACUCGGAUGAAGAAGACCGUGACCCGAGACUCGAGCGACCCCCACCUAAAAACUGUGCUUUCUACAACACAAAAACAAAGCAGUGGCACCAGCUUCCCAAUUUUCCCAAUCCAAACAAGUGGGGCUACUCCAUGGUAUCUUUAAACAACGACGUGUAUGUUACUGGUGGCUCAAGAGGUUCAAAUACCAACACCUGGUCAACCACAGAGACUUGGAAGUACAUCACAAGAGAAGCAAAGUGGGUUACUGUGGCACCGAUGCUCCGGCCUCGAACCAACCACACCUCAGCGACACUCAAUGGAGAGCUCUAUGUCAUUGGAGGAACAACCUUAGAUCGCGUUGAAGUGGAACAUUAUGACCCAUACACUGACUCUUGGGCCCUGACUUGUCCAGCGUUGAAAUAUGUCACUAAUUUCACGGCCACAGCUUGUCAAGGGAAGCUCUAUGUGAUCGGCUCAUGUGCAGUCAAGUACAAUGCUCUGACUAUGCAGUGCUACAACCCCGUCAUAGAUAGCUGGAUCAAUGUAUGUUCUCCGUUCAUCCCAAAGUACCUCUCAUCACCUCGCUCUGUGUGUAUGGAUGGAGUUAUUUAUCUAGUGGCUGACAACACUAAGAAAGUCUACUCCUACGACCCUGAGGAAAACAUAUGGCAGAAGGUCCAACUGCUCCAAAUGCUCCAUGAGAACGGUGGAAUGGUGACACUGGAUGGUAAACUCUUUGUAACAGGGGGACAUUGGAAGGGCAUGGAGGGAGACUAUGGGGUGGAAGUGGAGGUGUAUAGCCGCGCCUCAAACUCUUGGGACAUAGAGGGCACCCUCCCCCGAAUGUGGUUCUACACUGGACUCUGCACCAUCUUCUUAGACCCGUCCCAAUGGCCCGACACCUUCCCAGUAGAUGCAACAUAGUAGUCUUCUUCAUUUAACUUUAGAAUGAGUUUAAUAAUACCUUUGUGCAAUGCAAAAGGUAUGUUUAUCCCUGGAUUUCACUGUGUCCAAGAAUAGUGUCACAUAAUCCUUGGGUAUUCCUGAUUGUGUGGCAGAGAAAUUAAUUUAGCAGCUCAGUGUGUCUUUGUUUACACUUGUACAACCAUGUUUAAGAUAGAAUUAAUUAUGUACUCAAACCGUGAA